AUGAGCUCUUCGUCCGAGCUGCUCACGAACCUGCUCAUCCUGCAGCACGAGGCUGUCAAGGCGCUCGUGGCCGAGUACCACCAGCAGACCGAGGCGUACGUGCAGCAGUUCGACCAGCUGCCGCUGACGCAGGAGCCCGCGCAGGCCGCGCACGAGACGCGCAUCGCCCUGCGCAGCUCCACGUCCACUUCGCCGUCGCUCGCGGACGGCUGCGCCGUGUCGGAGGUGAUUCUGGCGGCCACCAAGAAGCACUGCGACGUGGAUAUGUGUGCCACAUCAGGCGACAGCCUCGAGGCCUUCCUGGGCAUCUCCAGACACGACGUCAAGACGACGGAGGACAAGGUGCACGCGCUCUUCGUGCUCAACGCGAGCCUGGCCAAGAACACCAAGGAGAUGCAGUCGCGCUUCGAGGGCAAGCAGGGCUACGACCUGCUCAUCGAGUGGCUGGCGGUGGGCUGCAGCUACGGCGACGACACGUCCAAGGCCUUCACGGAGCUGCUGCUGCUCGUGCUGCAGCGCCACGCGCCGGCCAGCUCGUUCACGACCAAGACGGUGGUCAAGAGCCUGGCCCAAUACAAGAAGGUCAUCAAGGGCAAGGCCAACAAGACGCUGCUGCUGAGCGUCAUCCGGCAGUACCGAGACAAGAUCAACCAGUAA